UCUCAAUUCCAGCUGCGCAAAUUAACCUCAACCCCUAUAGAAAAAUCAAAGUCUUCUUCGCUGAUUAAUUAUCAUCCAACCGACUACCCGCCAUUUCCCCGAACUCUCUCCGAGACAAUGAGAAGCCCCAACUCAAUGGACGAUGGCCGAAACCCUGGCUCCGGCGCAGGGAGCACACCGGACCGUAUGACCAAGUCGCCGAGCUCCGUCUCCGUAUACUCCUCCUCGUCCUCCGCCUACAAGUCAACUCCAGGCCGCGCCGUCAAGAUCGCCGCUAAAUCGGUCGCCGGAGUUUUUGUCGCUUGUUUCACUCCGCCGGAGGUCAAGACGUCGAAGAAUUGGGACGAUUCUUUUGAAGCUAAACCUCCUUCUGAUGUAUCAGACGCAUCUGGUGGUGGUAGUGAAAGGAAGCGUGGUUCAAAUCGUGGGAUCUAUAGCAGUUCAAACAAUUCAACACACUCGAGAGAGCCUGGUGGUAUAAAAUUUACCAUGGCAGAAAUCUCUAAGGCCACGAGAAACUUCUCCCCCACCUUCAAAAUUGGACAAGGUGGUUUUGGGACAGUUUACAAAGGACGACUUGAAGAUGGAACCCUUGUUGCGGUUAAACGUGCUAAAAAGAGUGUAUAUGAUAAACAUUUGGGUGUGGAAUUUCAAAGUGAGAUUCGAACUCUGGCACAAGUGGAACAUCUGAAUUUGGUCAAGUUUUAUGGGUGUUUGGAGCAUGGAGAUGAAAGAAUUGUUGUCGUGGAGUAUGUUCCAAAUGGAACUUUAAGAGAACACUUAGAUUGCAUUCGUGGCAAUAUUCUUGAUCUUGCUGCCCGGCUUGAUAUUGCAAUAGAUGUGGCCCAUGCAGUUACCUAUCUCCAUAUGUAUACAGAUCACCCCAUCAUUCAUAGAGAUAUCAAGUCUUCUAACAUUCUCCUCACGGAAAACCUUCGAGCCAAAGUGGCCGACUUUGGGUUUGCUCGACUGGCAGCAGACAGUGAUUCUGGUGCAACCCAUGUAUCUACACAAGUAAAAGGAACUGCUGGCUACUUAGACCCCGAAUAUCUGAGAACCUAUCAACUUACUGAGAAAAGUGAUGUUUAUUCAUUUGGUGUGUUGUUGGUGGAACUAGUCACUGGCAGGCGCCCUAUUGAACCUAAACGGGAGCUGAAGGAGCGCAUAACUGCAAGAUGGGCCAUGAAAAAGUUUUCUGAUGGAGAUGCGGUGUUAAUAUUGGAUCCUAGGCUGGAAAAAAAUCCUGCAAAUAAUUUUGGUCUAGAAAAGAUUCUUGAACUAGCCUUGCAAUGUUUAGCUCCUCACAGACAAAAUCGCCCCACCAUGAGGAGGUGUGCCGAGGUCCUUUGGAGCAUCCGCAAAGAUUACAAAGAGGUAUCAGCUUCAGACAUCCAUUCACUCUCCUCUCGUUCCCUUAUGAGUUCUUCGAUAAGAGAAGAAUAAGCAAAUGUAUGCAAUUCAGGGCAAGGGUUCAAUAUUGGUGAAGUUCAAUUUGCAGUGGAUAUAGAAUUGUAAAGGGAAAACAUAUUGGGAGAACCAAUAUGUAUUAUAUAUAUUUCGGAGAACCAAUUGCUUGAGCAUCCAUGAAGGAUUUCAUGGUAGAAGAAAGCCAAUAAAAUUUUAGAAACAGAGAUGCACACGCAUUGCUUCAAAAAGUUAGGUUUGUUGCAAAGAUCAUGAAAGGGAUUUGUUCAUGAGGUAGCCUAGCUUGUGUGUAUAGGAAAUUUGAUUUUUGAGAAAGAGAAUUAACCCUGUAUCCUCUUAAUUUUGUGAUGUUUAUUCUUGGAGGUCUAAUUAGUGUCAUUUGAAGGGAUUUUUGUAAUUAUUAUAUUGAAAACUUGUUGGGGUUUUUUUUUUUUUUUUUUUUUUUAACAGCUUGUAAUUUGGUUUUGGAUUCACCCUUUUACAAUUUAUUACUUUUUUCCAGUA